AUGAUUCGCUGUAUUCUACUUGUCUGUGUACCGUUGGCAUUGGCGCAAAUUCCAGUCUACCUCCGGACACCAGCCCUUCCAUCAUCAUUCUAUGCAGCUGCUCCAGUUGCUCAAGUUCAGUGUCCCCAGCAGUGUCUGCCUUCCUGUCUUCCAUCUUGUCUUGUAGCCCAAUCUCCAUCCAGCAUCUACCAACCAUAUGGAUCUGUAGACGAAUCAACGCCUUAUCAAAUCGUUCAAAAUGUAGCAACAGCUCCUCAACCAAUAAUUGUUCCUGCUACUCCAGUUGUUGCUAGUGGAUACCAACCAUAUGGACCGUCCCUACAAUACAUCCCUGUUGUUCCUUCAUGUCUCAGUCAAUGCAUGCCAACUUGUGCCCCAACUUGCCUAGAAUCUAAUGCAUCUACACCAAAGCCAUUGAGAGACGAUUUGCCAACUCCACCGCCUGAAACUGUUCCAACCCCACCACCAGAGAUCCCAACAACAACUCUUCCUACAGAUGUUGUUCCAUGUAAAUGUUUGAUCAAGAUCACCAUCACACAAGGCAACAAAGUUGUAUCCAAAUGUGGACCAAACUCUUGUUCGUGCCCACAGGGAUACAAACAAUGUGAUUCAAACUGUUGUAGAGCAUAA